AUGGCUGCCAUUGGUAUGCCCCCCCACAUUCUUGCAUUAUUUCAAGCAAGGAAGCCGUUAGACCCUUUCCCUGCAUUUAAAUCUAAGCACCCUCGACCUUAUGCAGGUUUAGCUGAUUAUGUACGAAAGUUUGAGGGGGGUCCACCCCCUCCUAUCGUUCCAUUUGAAACACCAAAGCAGAGGCAGCAACGGCGUAAGCGACAGAAGUUGUUAUUGCAUUUACAAGAACAGAAGAGGUUAGUAGAAGAAUAUAAACCUUUAGAAGAUCCAAAGAUAGAAGGAGAUCCAUUUGCAACAUUAUUUGUUGGUAAGUUGAGUUAUGAAACAACAGAAAAGAAGUUAAAGCGUGAGUUUGAGGUGUAUGGGCCUAUAAGAAGAGUACGAGUAGUUCGAGAUUCAGAAGGAAGACAUAGAGGAUAUGCAUUUAUUGAAUAUGAAAGAGAUAGAGAUAUGAAAGAAGCUUAUAAGAAAGGAGAUGGAACAAAGAUAGACGGGAGAAGAGUACUUGUUGAUGUUGAAAGAGCUAGAACAGUGCCUGGAUGGUUGCCUCGUCGCUUAGGAGGAGGUAGAGGUCAGCCAAGAGGUGCAGUCAGUUUUGUUAAUUGCAUUAAUGAAGUCGCGAGAUUUAAAAGGGCGAAGGAAAUAAAGAAAGAGAUGCAGCAGCAGCAGCAGCAACAACAGCAGCAACAGCAACAGCAACAGCAGGGGGUUUUGCUGUUAUUUUCUUUCUUCUUUUUAGACAGCGCAUACUAUAGAGAUGAGGGACACCGCAGCAGCAGCCGGUGGGGUUAUAGCAGCAGCAGCAGCAGCAACAAGAACAGCAGCAGCAGAUAUCGUCGCUCUCGCAGCAGCUCAAGAGAGAGAAGAGAAUGGCAGCGUCAAUUGAUGCUGCGUCGUCGUGAACGCAGCAGCAGCAGCGAGUCGGGUGCUGCUGGUGCUGCAGGUGCAGGUACAGUAACAGCAGCAGCAGCAGCAGCAGCAGCAGCAGGGGAGAUAGAUGAAGAAGAAUUAAUGCAGCAAGUAAUGGGAUUCGGCGACUUCGCAUCUUCUAAAGGUAAAGACCACUCGCAUGCAGAUGCCUCAGGCGUUAGCAAACGCUCAAGAAGAAAAUACAGACAAUAUAUGAACAGAAAAGGAGGCUUCAAUAGACCCCUCUCCCCUGUAUUCUAA